AUGGCCCUAUACAGCCAAACUGUGGAUUUCCUCUCCGAGUCCUUCUCGAACCACAAGACACAGAUUCCCUUGCUAGCAGUGACGGGUGCUUCAUUUACACUGGGUCUUUUUGCUCGAUCUCUUUUCACUGGAGGCGGAACACGCCCGACUAUCCUUGCCUCUCCUCGAUCGACACUGCUGACUGGCAUUUCGGAGGCAGAAAAUGGCCAACUGCCACUCCCAACUGAUGUCCUGCCUGGUGCACGCGAUGUAGCAACCCCAUAUGGCUCUAUCCGAGUAUACGAAUGGGGCCCCGAACAUGGUGCCAAGGUGCUUUUAGUGCACGGUAUCACCACGCCGUGUAUUGCGCUAGGUGGAUUGGCCCAUGCUCUGGUGGACCGGGGGUGCCGCGUGAUGCUCUUCGACUUGUUUGGUCGAGGAUAUUCCGACUCACCCGCAGAUCUUCCCCAAGACAGCCGUCUUUUCACGACACAGAUCCUUCUUGCUCUGGCCUCAUCACCCCUUUCUUGGACGGGCGCCGAGUCCGGUAAAUUUUGCCUUACAGGAUACUCCCUGGGGGGCGGUAUUGCCGCUGCUUUUGCUGCAUAUUUCCCUCAGCUCAUAUCGUCGUUGGUGCUUCUCGCUCCUGCAGGCUUGGUCCGUGAUUCGCAAGUCAGUUUCCAGAGCCGCCUACUAUACGAGCGUGGUUUCGUGCCCGAGAAUGUGCUAGGGUACUUGGUUGGUCGUCGACUGCGGGCUGGACCCCUAGUAGCCCCCAAGUCCAAGAACCAUAAGCUCAAUGCCUCAGAUGCGCUCACCGAGGAGUUGCCUUCACAGAACGCUGCUGAGAUUCAGCUCCUGUCUCGGGAAUACCCCCACGUUAACGUCCCUGCUGCGGUGGCGUGGCAGGUGAAUAACCAUAGAGGGUUCGUGCACGCGUUCAUGUCGAGCAUGCGUCAUGGCCCUAUUCUGAGACAACGCCAAUGGAACACAUGGACGCGCCUUGGAGAGUACCUUACCGUACAGAACAGUGUCUCUAGUGGCGAAGAUAAGAGACCUUCUGACAACAAGGUUCACAUUCUGUGCGGCAACAAUGAUGCAAUCAUUGUCAAGAGUGAGAUUGUUCCAGACGCCACAGCUGCCUUGGGUGGAAAUGUCGUCUUCAAGUUCUAUGAGGCGGGACACGAGUUCCCCAGUACCAAAUACGAAGAGGUUGCCAGUUACAUUUUCGAUAUACUGUGA